AUGACGCUCUGCAACAGCAAGGUUGCUGACCGUGGGGGCGAUGGCUCCCAGCAGCCCCUGGAGGAGGCGAAGACGCUCGUGGACACACUGGCCAAGGUGGUGGCGUGCUACCGGCAGCUGUCCUCAUGCGUGGGGGGCUCCUCGGACAGCGUGCGGCUGCGCGGCGAGCUCCGGCAGACCCGGGAGCGAGCCCAACAGCUGGCGUUGACCGGCCGGCAGCUCCUGACAGCCAGGCUGCGUGACAAGGCUCUGCCCAGGGAGGAGCGGCUAGAGAUGGAACUGCUGUGGGUGGCUUUCUCAUCCAGCCUGGAGAUCUUCCACGCCGAUAUGUGCAAAGUGUGCAGCCUGGGCCAGAACUUCCCCCUGUCCUCCAGGACCAGCGCCUUGGUGCAGACCGGAGUACAAGGGGGGAUGGCUGAGGUGACCGCGCGGGCGCUCAGCCUGCCGGAGCUGAACCGCGAUGAGCCCGCAGCCAGCGUGGAGCGCCUGGAGCAGGGGGACCUGGAGGUGGAGACGACUCGUGUGGACCAGAUGAUCGAGGACAUGGAGCAGAAGGUGAAUGUGCUGCGCUGGACCGUGGAGGCCCGGGGACCACGGUACGCAGAGCCCCUCAGCGCCGGGGACGGCUCCUCGCUGGCUCUGCUCUCCGCAGAUGCGGAGGACCCCGGCCGGCGGCGCGAACGCAGCCAGCUGCUAGUCGUGGUGGUGGUGAGCGUUGCGGUUGCGGUGGCCACAAUGCUGUUCGUCUGCAUUGUGUAUCUGGUUUGA